AUGUCAGGAUUUUCACUAGAAUUUAAUACCUUGGAUGUUUUAAAGAGUGUCAAUAAUGAAAAAGAGUCAAUAAAAGUUGCUCAUUCUGAUGUAUGGAAAGAUUCAACGACGCCAGAAAAUUUAGAAGAAAAAAUCAAACCUGUGGACGCGACGUUUAGCUUUUACUACAGAUGGUAUGUGUCUGGGGAAUCAUCAUUAGAAGAAACAAAAGAACAAAUUAAUAUCGAUGAAUUAAAAAAAAAUUGUUUUAUCAAGAAUUAUUUUUUAUGA